AUUUGAAUUGUUUGUGUAGUUGUGUGUUUUCGUGUUUGAAUGCGGAGCAAAAAAAAAGAAGAUCUGUGAAUUUUCAGGAGAACUUGAGGUCUGAUCCGGAUCAAACUGUUUCCCACAGAGAACAGAGAAACAACGGCGGGAUGGCCUGUCGAGCUAGCAGCGAUCUGUUCUUUCUGCCUGACGAGAAGUUUGACUUCGAUGUUUCUCUGUCACCUGCCAGCUCCAAAGGUGAAGAAGAUGAGGAUGAGGUGUUCAUAGGUCCUGUCAGUCAUAAGGAGAGGUGUGUUUCCGUUAAUGUGGUGUCUCGGCUCGAGGACGGCGGCAGUGGAGUGCGGGUGAGCUGGAGCCCGCUGACUGGAGACCAGCUGGAGGCUGUGUGUCAGGAAGCCCACCAACUAGCCACCCAGCUGCAGAGCGGCGAGCCGAGCCGGUUGUGCGGCGAGGACGAUGAGACCUCCGCCGCAACCCCCACAGAGGAGUUCAUCCAGGAUGCAGAGGCCAAACUGGACGUGCUCGGUCAGACCGCCAGUGCGCUCAGCCCCAUCAAACGCCAGACCUUCUGCGUGCAGGACAGUCCCAUGAAGCAGCUGCCCCCCGCUGUCCAGCGUCGCCUGCUGAGAGGAAGCAGCACCAAUGCAGCUUCAUCCACCCGUGUAACCGCCACCAACAAAGCUUCGUCCACGCGCCCCGCUAACACUAAUGCAGCUUCAGCUGCCUGCCCUGCCUCUAAAGCUUCAUCCACCCGCCCCGGUGCCAGACUCAGCACCUCCAGCCCUGUUGCUAGGGCCAAGGCUCAGCCCAGGACGGCACUGCGAGGGAAAACUGCACUGGGUGUUGGUGUGGUGCUGCCGAGUAAACCAGCUGUCCCGCCAACUUCCUGUUCAGCCAGCAAGAGCAGAGUGGAGAAAACCAGACUGCAACCACCAAGCAAAGCGGUGGGAGCUUGGAGGCGGAGUCCAACCUCUCGUCCCUCCAGCAGGGCGGAGUCUUAUGAGGAUCUUCUCUCCGAUUCGACGAGCGUGGCCUCUGACAUCAGCGACUCGUCCCUCAACUCCAGCCAGCUUGGAAAACGCACACUGGCUCCACCCACCAAGAGGAACCCCUCAGGUGUGAAAGCUCCACCCCUUCAGAGCAGGAAGGUGAUGGACAGGAGGAACACAUCCUCGUCUUCAUCCUCAGUGUCCAGCUUCAACUCCAGCAUGUCUCUGUCCCCUGCUAAAGGUAAACUGAACACUUCUCUAAACCGGAGUCUAAGUGGCUCCACUGGCCCCGCCCCCAGCAGCAUCAACAGACCGACCAAUCACAGCCAACCACGUCGAUCCACUGUCUACGCCGCCGCAGAGCCAGCAUCCUCCACCGCCGGCCGCCGCUCGCUGUCCGCCCAGGCCAGGAAUCUGUCCGAGACAGAGCGCAUCAAAGCCAUCAGGUCCACACCUUUGAAGAGAGCUGAGGCCACGCCGCUCCAGGUGACACCCGCCAAGAGAGUUUUGGAGAGGACGGCCUCCGUCCCCCCCACCGCCUCAGUCCGCCCACAGAGUGGAGUGAAGGCCAAACCCAAACCUGAGGCCUUGGUCAUACCAACGCCCAGCGGAGGAAUCAGAGGAGCCCACCGUGGAGAUGACGUCUCGAAGAUACUGAAGCCAAAGAGACUGAUGUCAGUGACCAGCAUGGACAGUCUUCCUCAGAAGCCCUCUGCUGGUCCUCUGACGCCCUCUGCUGGUGGCUGCAAGCCGCUGCUGACAAAGGCACGUCGUCCCUCGGCCCUCCCCACCCCAGUUAGGCGCAGGGUGUCUGCCAUUCCCACACCCACCAACCAGACCCGGCCCGUCAGGCUGCUGUCCAGCUCCGAUGCUGCCCCCGCCCCCAGCUCUGCCAGGAAAGAAAGCAGCUACAGCCCCGCCCCUGCUGACACACAGGAGGCGGAGCCUGUUGAGGCCCCCGACAUCCAGCCCUUCUGUUUGGAAGAGGAGCAGCCCCCCACUGCCCCGCCCCCCAGCCCUCCACAGCCUGACCAGUCGGAGAGCACAGAUCCUGGAGCACCGAGUCUGGGCCAAUCAGAGCCCGUUAGUAACCUGAUUGAACUGGAAACUAUAGAGGAGAGCAACAGCAAGACACAGGAGGUUCUCCUGUUGGAUCUUCCAGCUCCAGCUCUGCAGCCUCAAGAGAAGCUGCUCAUCGACCUGACCAACACCCCCGAUCUGAUCCGCACCAGCAGCAAGGCCUGCACCACAACUCAGCAGCUGAUCGACCUGAGCUCUCCGCUCAUCAAGUGGAGUCCAGAAGACAAAAGGGAGAACAAUGCCCCACUCAUCAACCUGUCCUUCUGAUCCAGAUCCUCCUCAAGACCUGGAUCUGAGGGUCUCUGCAGUGAACUGGACUUAGCAGGUUUCUGUUUUCAGAAACUCUAAUAAUAAUCCAGUUAACAACAAAGUUUUUAUCAGUGAAGUCUUUACUAGAUCUGAGUAUUAAGUUUUAAAUUAUGAAAAUAUUCAGAGGUUGCUGAAGAUUUUCUGCACCUGAUUGUACCUUUCAUUGUCUCCAUCUCGCUGCUCUUAUUAUAAUGUGCGAAUAAAUGUUGUUAAUGUCA